UUCCUGGGUCACAGGAUGCUGUUGCAUCCCUUCGUAAUUGGGAUAGCGGGCUGAGGCGCUGCUGCUCCCCAGCGGGGUCUAUGAGGAGAGAGACCCGCACUGACCCCCCCGUCUGUGCCCAGCCGGGGGGACUUUCUGCGGCAGCUGGAACCAGCCCCUGGGACAGCCCCGGGCUCUGCCGACACCAGCCCCUGAGCCGGAGCCUGCAGGAAAGAGGUGGAGCAUCCCUGAGAUACUGUGGACGUUGCAGUGGUGUUUUCUGACUUUCUGAAGACACCUCUCGGAAGGAGGAUUUCUGAUUCACCAUCUGUGAUCUCCUGGAUGGAACGAGGCAAUGAGCUGUGGGUCCCAGAUCUCCAAGGAUUUGAGGGACAGGAGAUCCCAGGAGGCACGUGCACCAGUGGGGAACUCAUCCAAGCAACUCAGAAGCCCUCAGUUUCCGUUCCUGAGACUCUUGUUCUCCCUGUCAGAGGCAAGGACUCGUGUCCAGAUUCUCUCCAUUUAUUGCAGCUGCAGAGGGGAUGGUGAAUGAGGAUGUGGAGGACAGUCCCCAGCAGAACGUCCCUAAGGAGCUGGGGCUGCAGGGGCCUGGCCAGGGAGAAGGUUGUGGGACUGACAGCAGCUCAGAAAGGCAGCAGAGAAAUUGCUCAGGAAAGAAAAAGGUUCAGUCCCUUUCAUGUGACAAAGGGUUCAAGGGUGAGAAUGUCCCCCAGAGCUACCCAACUGGAGAGAAUAUAUGCUUAUAUACAGAGUGUGGGGAAGGCUGUGGUCUGCACUCAGGCCUGGGACAACGUCAGACAGCCCAGCGGGGAGACAAACCUCAUAAAUGUGCCGAGUGUGGGAAACGCUUUUGUGGGAGCUCGAACCUGAUUACGCAUCAGAGAAUCCACACGGGAGAAAAACCCUAUCACUGCCCCAACUGCGGGAAAAGCUUCAGCGUGAAAUCAAACCUCACGACCCAUCAGAGAAUCCACACGGGAGAGAAACCCUAUAAGUGCCCUCACUGUGAUAAAAAGUUCAGCCAGAGCUCAGACCUCACUAAACACCAGCGAAUCCACACGGGGGAGAGACCCUACGGAUGUGAUGCAUGCGGGAAAAGCUUCAGUCGGAGCUCGCGGCUCCUGACACACCAGAGAGUCCACACGGGAGUGAAACCUUAUAAAUGCCCUGAGUGUGGAAAAAGCUUCCGCGUGAGCUCCCAUCUCACUAAGCAUCGACGGACCCACACGGGAGAGAGGCCUUAUCCGUGCUCGGAAUGCGGGAAGAGCUUCAGCCAGAGCUCAGACCUCACUGCCCACCAGAGGACCCACACGGGGCAGAGACCCUACGGAUGCCCUGACUGCGGGAAAAGCUUCCGCCAGAGCUCACACCUCGUUAGACACCAGAGAACCCACAUGGGCGAGAGGCCCUUCAGAUGCACUGAGUGCGGGAAAAGCUUCAGCGUGAGCUCAGAGCUCCUCGCCCACCAGAGAACUCACACGGGCGAGAGGCCCUUCACCUGCCCCAACUGUGGGGAGAGCUUCGGCCGGAGCUCCACGCUGGUCCUACACCAGAGAAUCCACAGCCAGGAAAAGCCUUACAAAUGCCCUGACUGCGGUAAAGGCUUUGGCCGUAGGUCACUCCUCAUCCUGCACCAGAGGAUCCACCUGGGGGACAGACCCUACAGCUGUGGGGACUGCGGGGAGAGCUUUAUUGAUGGCUCCAACUUUGUGAAACACCAGAGAGCCCAUGUGGGAGAGAAGCCCUACAAAUGUCCCGAGUGCAGAAAAGGCUUUGUGCGCAGCUCGGAUCUCAUUAAACACCAGAGGAUCCACGCUGGGCACAAGCCGUUCACAUGCACUGAGUGCGGGAAGAGUUUCAGCGAGAGCUCCAACCUGCACAGGCACCGGAGGGCCCACACGGGGGACCGGCCCUACAAGUGCUCCAACUGUGGGAAGACCUUCGGCCAGAGCUCUGACCUCAUCAAACACCAACGCACGCACAUGGGUGACCGGCCCUACAAAUGCACCGACUGCGGGAAAAGCUUCAGGCAGAGCUCAGACCUGGGCAAACACCAGAGGAUCCACAAUGGAGAGAAGCCCUACAAAUGCCCGGACUGUGGGAAAAGCUUUAGCGUGAGCUCGAGCCUUGCCUCACACCAGAGAAUCCACGCCGCAGCGAAGCCCUAUGAGUGCCCUGAGUGUGGGCAAAGCUUCAGUGUGAGAUCCACCCUGUCUACGCACCAGAGGAUCCACAGCGGAGAGAAGCCCUUCAAGUGCUCCGAUUGUGGGAAAGGCUUCGGCCGCAGCUCCAACCUGGUCAGGCACCAGCGGAUCCACACCGGAGACAGACCGUAUCGGUGCUGGGACUGUGGGAAAAGCUUCACUCAGAGCUCAACCCUUAAUAGACACCGGAGAGUCCACAUGGGAGAGCGGCCUCUCCUGCCUGCUGCAUCAGAGUGAUGGACAAAGCCAAUGAUAUCUUGGCCAGCUGGCCAGAGGGUUAUUGGUACUCAGUGCCUGGCCAUACACCCCUCAUGGCUGUGCUCCUGGGCUGGUGUGACUACGAAUGAUGAUAUUAUUAUCCAUAUAAAUGUCUAGCCUUUUCCUGAAUCCUAGUACACAUUCCUCACCUCAGUACUUUCUUGGGUCUUUUCCUGGAGGCCUGAGUUCCCUCAUGCCAGCUGAGGCCUUGUCUACACAGGAAAGUUAAGGUGUAAAUUUAAACUGAUCUAGUUAUCCCUGUUUAACCCCCCCAGCCCCACGUGGAAGCUUUUAUUCCGAUAUAAGAGUGGCCUUUUUCCAGUUUAGUUGACAACAUUUAGCCACAGGAAUUAAGCAAACUGAAUACAGCACUCUUAUGCUGGUAUAACUGGUAAAACUUUCCCCACACAGAGAAGUCCUGGGGCUCUCUGGUUUCUGGAACUUUGUGGAGUAAGUCCCUCCUCCCCCCUUUGUGUUCAAACAGUGGAAAUGCAUGGAUGUCUUCUCAGUGAUCUCACAGGCUUCUUCAGGUCAGUUCAAAACUUAACCCCUUCCUUUCUGCUUUCUCAAACAUCAGCAUUAGCUAGCCAGUGGUGGAAAUGUCUCAGACUUGGCUGAGUUCAUCACUGUACAGCAGCAUCAGCCACUUUCGGUGGUGGAAACAGUGCUGGGGACGGUUCAGUGGUCCACGUUUGUUGGGGGGGGGCGGGAGGAAGUUGAUAGAAAGUGAGCUGAAAGGGGCUGUUCAGAUAAAAUACCCACAACAAACACUGAAAAAGGAUCUAGAUUCUACUCUCAGUGAUGCUAGGGUGAAUACUGAGUGGCCCCACCAGACUCAGUGGAGUCACUCUGGAUCAACCCUGGUGUAGGAUAGAGUGGAAUCUGGCCAGAUGGGGUACAUCUACAAAGUGGGAAAAAUAAAACCCAUGGCGGUGAGUUUACGAGCCCAGGUCUAUAGACUCAGGCUUGCAGGGCUCACACUAGGAAGCUAAAAAUAGCUGUGUCGAUGUUCUGGCUUGGGCUGGAGCUUGAGCUCUGAAACCCAGCCUGAGCUGGAAAGUCCACAUGGUAGUAUGAGCCCCGCAAGCCCCAGUCUGUAGACCCAGGCUCUGAGACUCACUGGGAUAUUUUUGCUGUGUAGACAUACCCAUGGCGUUUAAUGGUUUAUUAUCUCCUCUUACUCUCUGCCAAGAACUGUGUUGUUACAGUGGGAGGAUGUGUACUCCACAAAUGUGUGUUUCCCCACUGGUUCCUAUAAGGCUUCCUGUAUUAGUGGUGUUGCUUUCUGGGCAGAUUCAGUGAGCCAGGAAAUACAGCAGCAUUUUACCAGAGGAAUGUUUUUUUUUAGUGGAAAUUAAAAUAUAUUUCUGUGCAGAAUGUCUUGCCCCAAAUCAAGCCGGCAGUCUGGGGGACAUCAGCAAGCCGCUGGAGAUGCAUUUGCCAUAAUCCCCAAUAUCAGUUAUUUCACCUCAGUGCUGCUUUGACACUUGUCGUUUUGUUAAACGUCCUUUUUCUUUGAGUGCAUUUGUCAGAGUCCUGGUGUGGAUGCUGGUUUUGCUCACUGUUCAUGGAGGCAUGGUCCUCAGCUGCUACGUAUCAACAUAGAGCUAUGCUGAUUUAUACCAGCUGAGGUUCU